AUGGGACAGCAGCAGGAUAAAUUGGAGGGUGACUAUUUCGACCCAAACCAGUUACCAACUACUGAAAUAACAACUCAGACAACAUACGCUAAACCCUCUCACUCACAACAACAGCAACCCGAAGAUUCCAGUAUCAUACUUACACAAAAUGACUCACAUACCUCUGUUAACUCUGCUAGUAACAGAAGCUCUGAUAACGUCGAUACGCAUAGUGCUGUUCAUAUCAUUGCUACUCAUUCAGCCCCCCACUUGGCGGCUGAUCGCUCACAAUUACAUGCUGAUCCAUGCCAGGCUUCUUUUUCAAACCAGUUAGAUAACAUAGCCACUGAUAAACAGUCAGAUAGCUCUACCCAUAAUGACAAACAUUCAAACACAAACCCCUCUUCUAUAAACAUAUCAUCAUUCUUACUCAAAGACAAACCGUCAUUACGUGAUGGUCUCACAAACGGAUUAUUAAUAGAACAACCACCGUUGUUCAUAGGGGACAAACAAGAACAGAAACACAAGAUCGCUGCAAGAACGUCUGCAAUAAAUACAAAGUGCAAUGAGACGAUUAUGGUAAACACGAGCGCGAACACUGAUAAACUCGCAAAACCCCUACAAGCGCCAACAAAUUCUGCCUCCUUAGAGAAUAAAGACAAACCAUAUACAAUUCCUCCUGCCGUGGCUGCCGAUGUUCUUAAAGAAAUGAUGGCGAAUAAACCAGAUUCAUCGACACUGCAAAAAGUUGAAUCACCACACCCAGGAAACGUUCGCAAGUCGGACGCAGCGGGGAGUAAGUUUAAGUUGAAGAAUGAUGGAUCAAGUAGGAAGCAUGCACAAACGCAAUCUUCCUCCUUAUCGUCUAAUCAAUCGUCACCAAUGGAUAUGGGAAUGAAUCUCAUGGGAUUGUCGUUUGCACAACCAGCAAUGGAGGAAACUAACCCUCCAACAUUAACCCGAUCAUUACAAGAGACUGUCUCUCGGCAGGAAGCUAAUAUGCCAUCUCCUCCAAACGCUCAGAAGUCUUCCUCACAUUUAUUUUUCCCCAAUUUCAACGGAUCAUUUGACUUUGACCUACCUUCAAAGAAUGCGGAAGAGGUUCGCGUAUCGGCUGACGGAAUCGCAACAGUCAUAGGAGUAAGGGAUGGGAGUAGUACGCAGAGCACUAGAGGAACUGGCGAAACGUCUCCAAACCCCUUCCCAUCCACAUGCCAGUCCUAUCGACCUAUACGGCCACUUCCAGCCCGUGCGAAAGCACGCUUAUCCAGUAAUGCAUCAUCCCAUCCUAAUUUUGAUACCCUCAAUAAUAAUAUAGAAGUCACAUCUCUUGGGUUAAACUUUAAAGGUGAAAUUAACAAUCCCAUUAUCUCCUCUGGAUUCAAGCAUACUCUUUCAAUUAUUGGAACAUCAAUGGCCGCACCGUCUUUGUUUACGUUCGCUACGCCAACGGGCUCGGACGUCGUAGAUGAUGAUUUCGAAAUCGAUGAUGAUGAUGCGGGAAAUGAGUCUGGAGGAAUUGGAUGGUUGGAUAAUGCUAACAACAAGAAAAAGCGCAAAGCACUACAGACUGUAGGAGGAAAUUCCUUGUCAAGUGGUACGGUGAAGUCGAUAUCAAGCAAGGACCGUACGAGUCCUUUACGGAGAAUAGAUAGACGCUCUGCACCUCGUUCUGCGGCACUCACCAAACCUUCCUCUGAUGCUUCUGAUAUAGUCUCAUCAGCAGUCAACACUACCUUAUCUGUUUCUUCUUCAGUUUCUCUUCCAUCUGAUAACAUAGUCCAUCCACCUCAAACAGAAUUUGAAUUCUCUUUCAAAACGAUAUCAGAGAAAUCAACAUACGAUGUUACUUCAGUUGCCAAUGCGUCGAAUGUAAAGAAGGUAGCUGUGGGUUCAAUGAUUCGUCCCAUUGCGAAGUUAGAGCCGUUACAUAUAGGAUCAUCUAUUGCGGGAAAACAGCAGCAGUCGGAAGAGCUACAGCAUUCAGAAGGACAACAGCAUUCAGAAGGGCAACAGCAUCCAGAAGGACAUUCAGAAGGACAUUCAGAAGGACAUUCAAAAGGACAACAGCAUUCAGAAGGACAACAGCAUCCCGAAGGACUACAGCAUUCAGAAAGAAAACAGCAGUCGGAAGGAGCACAACAGUCGGAAGGAAAGCAACAGUCAGAAGGAGAAAAGCUGUCGGAAGGAAAGCAACGACAACAGUCGGGAACGCAGUGGCAACCGGGAGCAUACCGACAAUCGGAAGAACAACGACAGUCGGAAGGACAACAGCAGUCGGGAACGCAGCGACAAUUAGGAGCACACCGACAGUCUGAAGGACAGAAGAGUGCUCCGCGGAGAAGAACGAGUAGCAAUGGAGGUAGCAAUACACCAAGUAUGGGGGUUAUAGGGACGACCAUUGAGAGUGUUGCGGGCGGAGGAAAUAGUCAUGGUAACGUUAAUAUUAACACAAACCGCGCAAGUAGCACAAAUCGUGUAAACGCUGGCCUUACUAGAGUUGAACCCAAUAUACAGCAGCAGCCACAAACGCAACGUAGGAAAGGACCCAAACAUUCUGCUCUAUCGAACGCGAAAGACUCAUCAAUGAUUACAAAAGACGCUUCUACCCAAAACACUAUUCCCAGUACUGAGACUAUCAGCAGUACCAAUACUGUUUCUCCUCCUACCACUCCAGAGAAAGUACAGACGCCUAACAAUCAGCACAACGUGCAAAAGCCAGCAUCCCAAAUAUCACAUCCAGUCGCAACAGUGAAACGACCUCCUAAUGCUAGGAAGAAAAAGAAUAAAAAAAACGGAUCUCCUACUCCGCAAUCGCUGAAUACCGUCAAUUCUAGCUCCUCGUCCGCGCCUUCGACAAUAUAUAAUACCCCGGGCCAGAACUCUCAUCAUGCUUCAACUCCUUUCCACUAUCAGCGAGAACCACUUUCUCCAUCAUUGAUAGACUUCACACAUCACACGUCCACAGGUUCUUCCCAUCAUAAUCCACCCCAACACGACGAUGCAUCGAGUACGACAGGCUCGAUAGACACACAACCGAUGUCCGCUCCAACACCAACAAAUAGGAGAAGAUUUAAAUUACAGGAUAAGGGUGGGGAGUGGAUCUGCAUGUUCUGUGAAUAUAGAUUAUAUUAUGGUGAUGGAAAAAGAGUCAGAAAAAGAAACAAGGGAGGAAGUGGACGCGGGAAUGUUGAUGAGCGUGGAGGAGGAAAUAAUAACACUAGUGGAAAUAGCAGUAGCAACGUGAUCGGCGCUGGUAGUCCUGCAAAUGAUAAUGGGAAUAAUAACAGUGUUAAUAUAAGGAAUAGCGACCAUAAUG